GCUUUCACUUGAUGAGUUGCCUAAAAGAAGUUCCGACACUCAGAGGUGACAACCACACUGAGUGGAGGAAGAAAGUUGAACUGGCAUUUGUUUGUGCUGAUCUGGACUGGGUUCUGGAUGAACCACAGCCGAUCAGACCUACAGAGCCAGUAAGAGAGACUACUGAGGAUGAUGCUACAUGGGCUAAAAGGAAGGGGGAUUAUGCUCCUUUGGAGAUGUCCUACAUCAUAGCCAACCAAAAAUGGGUAAAUGCAAAUAAAAAAUGCAUGGCCUUUAUAAAGAAUACAAUUGAAAGCACCAUUGUGGGCUCCAUUGCAGAGUGCGCUUCAGCGAGCCAGUUCACUGACUCUUCAAAGAUAUAUGCCACCCAGGUGUUAAAACAACUUGUGACGGAACAAUACACAGGUGGUGGAAUAAGAGAGCACAUCCCGAGGAUGAGCAAUAUGGCAGCAAAGUUAAAGCCUAUGGAUGAGGAUCUGGAGAUCAAACCAAAGCUCCUGGUCCACCUUGUCUUGGCUUCACUGCCAAAGGAGUUUGAAACUUUUGUUGUGAAUUAUAAUAUGUCACCUGGAACAUGGGACAUAGAAAAGACAAUUGCUAUGUGUGUCCAAGAAGAGGACAGACUAAAAGCUUCACAUGGUGGAACACUCAACUAUGUGAAGGAUCAUAAGAAAAAGAACUACAAUCAAAACAAUAGAAGUUCUCCUUCAAAGCCACAAGGAAAAGCUCCCUAUCAGCAUCAGCGUCAGCAACAGUCUUUCCCAGUGGACAAAGACACUUGUCUCCACUGUAAGCAGACCAGGCAUUACAAGAAAGACUGCCCUGUUUGGCUGAAGUCCUUAAUGGCAAAGCAAGGGAUUCCAUUCGACCCGGACUACGCUAAGAAGAGAAGGAGGCAUUGAAGUAGCCAAUGGAAUAAAAGCAGAAGUUGAAGCUGUCGGCGACAUCUCCUUGGAGUUAGCUGAUGGAUUCAAGCUUCUAC